AAAAUUUGCUGUGCCAAUACUUUGUUCAGGCAGUGUAUGUAUAUGGUUUUUGGAUCAGUUCUUGUAAGUUGUGUAGAUGACUUCUGUGUUAUUAGGAAAACGAUUGAAAACAAUAUGUUUUCGUAUUCCAAUGAAUUUGCGCUUAUUUACCGACGUAAACCCGAUAAAUAUGGCUUAUACGCUCUACGGUAAAAAUAAUUCGAAAGUUUCGCCGCUGAUAAUAAUGCAUGGCCUUUUCGGUUCACAGAAAAAUUGGAAAUCUGUAGCAAGGGCUUUAGAAAGCAAUGUCGAUAAGAUGAUAUUCACCGUAGAUGCGAGAAAUCACGGCGACAGUCCUCAUACACCUGAGCACAGUUCAGCUCAUAUGGCUGUAGAUAGUAUCGAACUAAUGAGAAAACAAGGAAUGGCAAAAGCUUGUGUAAUGGGACAUAGUAUGGGAGGCAGAACGAUGAUGCACUUAGCUCUUAAACAUCCCGAAUUAAUCGACCGUGCCAUAAUUGUGGAUAUAUCUCCUAUUGCUUUGCCAAGAGACUUCCACACUAUGGAAAAUAUUUUCAAAGCCAUGGCAAAUGUUGAUAUACCUGCAAAACAUUCCUUGGGACAAGGGCGUAAAAUAGCUCAAGAACAAAUAAAGGAAGCAGUUGGAGACCAAUCAACUGUUGAAUUUAUAUUAAUGAAUUUAAAAAAGCGGGACAAUGGAGAAUUUUACUGGAUUCCAAAUAUAGACAGUCUUUAUAAAAACCUGAGAUUGUUUAACGAUUUUUUCGAGCACAUUAAAGAUUUGCCUCCUUUUAAAGGACCAGUGAUGUUUAUCUGCGGAAAUAAGUCAAAUUUUGUUGACCCGAAGAGUUGGCCGCAAAUUCAACAGAUGUUUCCUGAAGCGGAACUACAUUGGCUUGACGCAGGGCAUUUGGUUCAUUUCGAACAACCAGAAAAAUUCAUUAAUUUGGUUGUCCAUUUUUUAAAACGCUAAAUGAUGGUGUUUGAAUAUAUCAUAUAAUCAAGUAAAUUUUAUUGUUCGAGCUUUAAAA